AUGGCGGUUUAUCCUAACGUUAAUGGCGAUAAAAAACACUGGUGGUUCACUCAAAGAAAGCUUGUUGAUAAGUACAUUAAAGACGCAAGGACUUUAAUGGCAAGUGAGGAGCUUAAUGACGUCACUUCAGCUGUUCAUUUACUAGACGCAGCCUUGUCCAUAUCGCCUCGUCUGGAGACGGCGUUAGAGCUUAAGGCUAGAUCUCUUCUCUUCCUCCGUCGUUUUAAAGAAGUCGCCGAUAUGCUUCAAGAUUACAUCCCCAGUCUUAAGCUGGCUACUAACGAAGAAGAAGCUUCACCUCCUUCAUCUGAAGGCUCCUCCUCCUCAUCCUCAUCCUCCUCACGCGACGGGGUCAAGCUUCUAUCCGACGCUUCCAUGCCGGGACGUGAGUCGUCGUUUAAAUGCUUCUCUGUUUCUGAUUUGACCAAGAAAGUGAUGGCAGGGAUUUGUAAAAAAUGCGACAAAGAAGAGCAAUGGAGGUACGUUGUGUUGGGGCAAGCUUGUUGCUAUCUCGGACUAAUGGAGGAUGCGAUGGUUCUCCUUCAAACCGGCAAACGUCUCGCCUCCGCCGAGUUUCGUCGCCGGAGUAUCUGCUGGUCCGACGACAGCUUCACUCUCCUCUCCGAAUCCUCAUCAACGUCUCCACCACGCAACCUCACAGAGAGCGAGAACUUCACUCACCUCCUCGCUCACAUAAAGCUCCUUCUCCGUCGCCGCGCCGCCGCGAUCGCCGCACUAGACGCCGGACUUUUCUCCGAGUCGAUCCGUCACUUCUCAAAGAUCGUCGACGGCCGGCGUCCUGCGCCUCAAGGCUUCCUCGCCGAAUGCUAUAUGCAUCGAGCCACCGCGUAUAGAUCAGCAGGUCGAAUCGCGGAGGCGAUCGCCGAUUGCAACAAAACCUUAGCUCUCGAGCCGUCGUGCAUCCAGGCGCUGGAGACUAGAGCCGCGCUUCUAGAGACAGUACGGUGUUAUCCGGAUUCGCUUCACGAUCUUGAGCACUUGAAGCUACUGUACAACACGAUUCUACGUGAUCGGAAGCUUCCAGGUCCGGCGUGGAAACGCCACAAUGUGAAAUACAGAGAGAUCCCUGGGAAGCUUUGCGUGUUGACCACGAAAACGCAGAAACUGAAGCAGAAGAUCGCAAACGGAGAGACUGGAAACGUCGAUUAUUACGGUUUGAUCGGAGUGAGACGCGGUUGUACCAAAUCGGAGCUGGAUCGAGCUCAUCUAUUGCUGUGUCUUAGAUACAAACCUGAUCGAGCCUCGUCUUUCAUCGAUCGGUGUGAGUUCACGGAUCAGAACGAAGUUGAUUCGGUUAGGGAUCGAGCGAAGAUGUCUUCGCUGUUGCUUUACCGUUUGAUUCAGAAAGGAUACUCCGCUGUGAAGGUCAUCAUUGCCGAGGAGGCGGAGGCUGCGGAGAAACGGAGAAAGAACGCUGCGGCGGUUCAAGUUCAAACGCCAAUGCACAAGGUUGAAGAACAGAGAGCGGUUAAAAAAUCCGUUGUGAUCAAGAUAACCGAGUUUACUGAACCGAAAGCUGUGGAGAAAUCUAAGAUGACCGAGAAUACUGAACCGAAACCGGUUAAUUCCAAUGCGUACCAAGGAGUUUUCUGUAGAGAUCUCGCUGCGGUUGGGAACCUACUAACCCGGGCUGGUUUCAACCAUCCGAUUCCGGUUAAAUAUGAAGCUCUCACCUGCUAA